CUUCGUCUUCCUUGCCUUCUUCGAAACCCUUCCUCGGGGGAUCGAGAACCGACGGCUUGUCCGGCCUCGCCUUCCGGCUGCCGUCCACCGUCGACCAGAUCUCCAUCCGGUGGCGGAUUUCCCCUGCUCCUCGAAGGCUCGACAUGACGUAUACGCCGGAUUUGACAUAACACACCAUGACAUCAGCCACCUAUGGGCGGCACGCUGUCCCAGGGGAUGAGCAUUAACACCCACAUAAUCUGCACCCUCACUCACCGUACCCAGACGAUCUCAUCGUAUGACCUUCCACGACCGGUCAAGACAGGAGAAGGCAUCAACCGAGGAAGCAAGCACUAAUGUUGACUUGAUGUGCGCCAACGUCACCAUCCCUCAGCCAACGAACUUCAGCAUUUGACUCCAUGCGCCCGACCGAGGCAAAGGAGCACGUCGACCGAGGCGUGCCCAUACCCUGCGGUAGCCAGGUUCGCCACGCAACCCCAGUGCCCUGCAAGCGGCCACAUCAGGUAACAUCAAAUUCAUCUACAAAUACCCCAGAGUUCUAGACGAAGGGGGGAACUUCGACUACUCGACUAAAAACCCUCUCCGUCUCACGGACUGGGUCCAAAAAACUCCUCUCCAAGGAACUGACUUGAUCGUCGGAGGGGUCGGGCCGAACCACCGACCCGACCUGUGUGCAGGUACUCGACCGAAGCUGACCCGGCGUCGUGGACCUCUCCAGCCAAAUCCCCCGUAAUCGACCGCCACAAGAUCUCGAGAGGAACUGUGCCUAAUCCCAGCCAUUCGGACCGCUAAACCAGUCGCGUCGACCCCAAGGUCACGACUAAAAAAGUUACUUACCGUAACAGAUUGGCGCUAGAAGGAGGGCCCGUCCGAAUGUCAAGCGAUCAGCGAACCCACCUUGGCGAACCCUCAACCGUCGGGCUCCCCACUCCGCGAGAAUACCCCCCGCAUAAUGAAUCCCGUGACGAACGCCCCGCGACGUCGUCUGAACGUUAUUGGCAGUUAUUCAAUGACCCAGGCUUGUCACCUCCCUACGGCGCACCCGUCGGCCCAUCACCGGUACCGCCCGAGGCCUUCCACGACCUCGCUCAUCAAGUCCGAGCUCUUACGAGCAAGGUGCAGACCAUCAUCCCAAUCGUCUCCCAACGGACCCCCCUGCAGGCGGCCCGUCCUUUGCAGCAACAGGAGACCCCCGUCCGGACUCACGCACCACUUCCCGAGCUCCCCACCUCGCCUCGAAACCCGGUGGCCCGACCCGGAAGCCGAGAGGCAGAAGACACUGUGAGCUGCCCCGAGCCCGAGGCUCCAUCCGCCGACUCGACUAAUGCCUUGCGAGCUCAAUUGUGUCUCGUCAGUCAGCGACUCGACGAAGUACAACAAGAGGUGCGUAAGUCAAAAGGAGAGUUCAGGGCAGGCGGACAGCAAGGAUCCUCGUUCGUCCCCGAGAUCCAAGAUCAAGCGAUCCCGUCGCAUUUCCGCCUUCCCUCGCUAGAUGCGUAUGACGGCGCCGCUGACCCAGCAGACCACGUGGCCGCUUUUCGCGCCCAGAUGGCGCUAUACGGGACUUCUGACGCCUUGAUGUGCAGGGCGUUCCCAACAACGCUGCGAGGGCCAGCCCGCGCGUGGUACAGUGGCCUGAAAGCCGGAACCGUCGCCUCCUUCGACCAACUUGCUCGAGACUUCGAGCUUAACUUCUUGGCCUUUGCUCGGCCAAAGCCGUCUAUGGCGUUGCUCCUAGGACUCAACCAGAGGGAGGACGAGCCCCUCUCCCAUUUUGUGAACCGUUUUACGACCCAGAUUCGGGGACUAUCAGACACUCACCCCUCUCUGUUGAUGCAGGCAUUCAUGACAGGCCUGCGCCCUUCCAGGUUCUUUUGGUCUCUCGUGGAGCGGCCCCUCGCCGCGGUCCCCGAGAUGCUUCAGCGCGCUAGCCAGUUCAUCGCCGCGGAGACAUGGAUGGCUGGGAAGCAAGAGGAGCGCAAAAAGGUCAAGUCGGAGCCGCCCCGAUAGCAGCAACCCGCCGCAUCCCGGCGUAAGCUGGACAAGUCCGACCCAAGGCCUCCCCUCCCCGCCUUGAGUUCGUCCCGAACAGAAAUAUUUCUCCAUGAGAAGGGGAAGGGGUUACUCAAGAAUCCCCACCCGAUGAGGAACCCGCGAUAGCUCGCGGACCGUUCAAAGUAUUGUCGCUUCCAUCAGCAGCAUGGACACGACACUGAACAGUGCCGUGAACUGAAAAGACAAAUUGAGGAGCUCAUUCACAGAGGGCAUCUCGGCCAGUACCUUCGGCCAGACGGACAGCUAUCACCACGCCCGGAAGGCCCCAUCGAGCAUCACAUCGACGUGAUAGCUGGCGGUCCUGCAUCAGGGGGGGUUCCCUGUCAGGCAGGAAGGCGUACGCCCGAGCCGCCUCGGACGAAGCCCCCGGACACAGGCCCGAGCCCGAGAUUACAUUCCCGACCGGAGUAUCCGAGCAACCCGAGCACGACGACGCUCUCGUGAUAUCGGCCAGGAUAGCCAACGCGCAGGUGAGAAGGAUUAUGGUCGACACUGGGAGCUCGGCCGACAUACUUUACUUCGACGCCUUCCAGAAGCUCGGCCUGGCUAGAGAGAAUAUGAAGCUGAUGUGCUCAACGCUCACCGGAUUCACGGGAGACUCAAUAUCACCGCUGGGAGCUAUUACCCUGCCCUUAACCUUAGGGGCCCUGCCAAGGUCGAAGACGGUAAUGACCACGUUUCUGGUGGUCGACCUUCCCACCGCUUACAACACCAUACUCGGCCGGCCAACCCUCAACAAGGUCAGAGCCGUCGUCUCGACCUACUACCAAACCAUCAAGUUCCCAACUCACGCUGGGGUCGGGGAAGUUACGGGAAGCCCCCGAGAGUCCAGACGGUGCUACCUGACCACCGUUUCCUUGCACAAGAGGGCCAGGAUCGAGCCACCACUGGAAGACCCGCGGGAAACAAAAAAACCGACCCCUCACCCCGAGCCAAGGGGAUCCACCAUCGACAUACCACUACAAGAAGCUCGGCCAGACCAGACGGUCAAGGUCGGUUCGGAGCUGCCCGAGCGGGAACGGGAGCAACUCACCGGUCUCCUACGGGAGAACGCCGACAUCUUCGCCUGGUCUCCAUCUGACAUGACGGGUGUCGAUCCAGGGGUCGCACAACACCACCUCAACAUCCCGCCUGACGCUCGCCCGGUGAAGCAAAAGCCCAGGCGGCAGGCCCCUGAACGACAACACGCCAUACGAGAGGAGGUGGGCUGACUUUUAACGGCAGGCUUCAUAGAAGAGGCCAGAUAUCCUUAAUGGCUAUCCAAUGUAGUGCUCGUGAAAAAACAUAAUGGAAGCUGGAGGAUGUGUGUUGAUUACACCAGUCUCAACAAUGCAUGCCCGAAAGACUGCUACCCCCUCCCAAAGAUCGACCAGCUGGUUGACGCAACAGCCGGACACGCACGCCUCUCUUUUAUGGACGCCUAUUCGGGGUACAACCAGAUCAGGAUGGCGCCCGAAGACGGAAAGCAUACGACCUUCCUCACCGAUCAAGGGGUGGGGUGUACUUCUAUAAGGUCAUGCCAUUCGGGCUGAAGAACGUCGGGGCCACAUAUCAUAGAACGGUAAAUAAGAUGUUCGCCCAUCAGAUCGGGAGGAACAUGAAAGUUUACGUGGACGACAUGAUUGUGAAAAGCCAAGAGGCCGGAGCCCACCUUGCCGACCUGACCGAGGCGUUCGCCACACUACGCAAGUUCGAUAUGCGACUUAACCCCACAAAAUGCGCAUUCGGCGUCACCUCCGGGAAAUUCCUCUGGUUCAUCAUACACGAAAGAGGAAUUGACGCCAACCCGGAGAAGGUCCAGGCCAUCGUCGACAUGCAGUCACCCCGGACGAUCAAAGACCUGCAACGACUUAACGGAAGGCUUGUCGCCCUUUCUCGCUUCCUCGCCCGGUUGGGCGAUCGCUGCAUCCCCUUCUUCAGGGCGCUCAAGAACCCGAAAAGCUUCCAAUGGACGACGGAGUGCGAGGAGGCCUUCAAACAAAUAAAGCAACGCCUUGCCAGCCUCCCCCGACUCGCCUCUGUUUCUCCCGGGGAGAAGCUGGGUCUCUACCUGGCGGGUUCCCCACAUGCAGUCAGUUCUGUCCUGAUCAAAGAAAGCUCCGGCGAACAACUUACGAUCUACUACGUCAACCACGUCCUGAACGGACCCGAGGGGCGUUACCCGCCAAUAGAAAAGCUCGCGCUCGCCCUGGUGCUGUCAGCUCGGAAGUUGCGCCCCUACUUCCAGGCCCACCCCGUGGAGGUCAUCACCGACCAGCCUCUUCGACAGGUCUUAUCUAAAUUUGAUGUUGCAAGGCGGCUCCUCAAAUGGGCGGUAGAGCUCGGCGAACACGAUAUAAGAUACGUACCUAGGACCGCCAUCAAGGCCCAGGCGGUAGCCGUCUUCAUCGCAGAGUUAACCCAGAUGGAAGACAGGGAUCUCGAGCAACCUCCCGAAGCCUGGCUCCUACACGUGGAUGGCUCGGCCAGCCCAAAGGGUGCCGGCGCAGGACUAAUGCUGCUCGCCCCCGACGGACGCUCGUUCGAGCGCUCCCUCCGCUUCGGGUUUAAAGCCACUAACAAUGAAGCGGAGUACGAGGCACUCUUAGCAGGGCUCAGGUUGGCCCUCGAGAUGCAGGUGGCCGCGAUACACGUCCUCACCGACUCGCAGCUUGUGGCCGAGCAGCUCAGCGGUGGAUACGAGGCUCGGGAUCCGACCAUGGCGAAAUACCUGGCGCGGGUAAGGGACUUGACUGCCAAGUUUCCGUAUUUCAAGCUAUCUAAUGUCCCGAGGGAGGAGAACGAGCGAGCCGACGCGCUAGCUAAGUUGGCGUCAAAGCCGACCCCCGAAGCAUGGCCGGAGGUCGAGGAGCUUCCUGCCCGCGCCAUCGAAGUAGCGGUUACGGCCCCUAGCAGCACGCCGAUCACAUGGGUACAAGAGCUGCUAUGCUUCAAGCGAGAUGGGACCCUUCCCCACGACGAAGUUGCGGCCCGACGCAUGCGUCGUACACACGCAUGGUACACCGAGGAGAGUGGGCGGCUUUAUAGGCGGUCCUUCACCCACCCCCUCCUACGAUGCUUGGAGCCCGACGAAGCCCGGACGGUCUUGGCCGAGAUCCACGAGGGGGUCUGCGGAGAACACAUCGGCAGGCGAACCCUAACACACAAAAUACUCCGCCAAGGUUACUACUGGCCGACUAUGUGCCGGGACGCAAAGGCUUACGCACAGCGGUGUGGUUCGUGCCAAGAACACGCCCGCACACCUCGACAGCCUGCGGUCCUGCUCAGCCCCAUCGAUGGUGCGUGGCCCUUCGCGCAGUGGGGUUUGGACCUGCUCGGACCUUUCCCACCGGCUUCGGGGCAGCGGAAGUACAUCAUCGUGGGAGUGGAUUAUUUCACAAAGUGGGUCGAGGCCGAGCCGUUGGCGACGAUCACAGAACAUCAAAUGGAGAAGUUCGUGUGGAAAAACCUAAUAACUCGGUUCGGGUUGCCCAAAGCCAUCAUUACGGAUAUCGAACCUCAGUUCACCGGUAGAAGGUUCCGGGAGUUCUGUGCCAGCCAUGGCAUCCAGCUGAGGUUCGGCGCGGUGGCCCACCCUCAGACGAACGAGCUGGCGGAGGUCACCAAUCGGUCCAUCUUGGACAGACUUAAAAGAAGAGUGUCCGCAGCCCGAUCGGCCUGGACGAACGAACUCCCUAGCGUCCUAUGGUCACUACGCACCACUCCCAAGACCGCGACGGGAGAGUCCCCGUACAGCCUGACGUUCGGAACCGAAGCUGUCUUGCCGCCCGAGGUGGCAAUUGCCACCCUUCGGACAAGGAGCUAUGACGAGGAAGUCUCGAACGAGGGACUUCGUGUCAGCCUCAAUGUACUCGAGGAGCGACGCGCCGACGCACACCUGAAGGCCCUCUCUUACCAGAGAGCCGUCGCAAGGGUCUACAAUAGAAAGGUACGACCCCGACCGAUUAAGUUGGGCGACCUGGUCCUGCGAAGGGUCGAGGUCAGCGACCCGACUAGGGCAAGGGGGAAGCUGGCCCCCAAAUGAGAGGGGCCUUAUCGGGUUGUCGUGGUAGUCCGACCGGGUACGUACCGGCUCACGACAAUAAACGGUUCUCCUUUGCCGAGAACAUGGAACGUACAGAACCUUAAGAAAAUUUUCGUUUGAACGAGGAAUUUCUUCGUCUAGGGGGAGAGGUUCCCUAAGAGCUUGGAGGAAGAAGUCGGGCAGGAAACGUUCUCCCUUGUUUUUCGUCGAAAUGGAACGACCAGAGCCUUAGAGAAGGAAGAAACUUUUCGCCUAGGGAAAGAAAACGAUAAGCAAAUACACUAGAGAAGUAACAGUUCUCUUUUAUUCAAGGCAAAAACAGACUUACAGGACUCGGCUCCGACUUACAAAAAAUUACUAACACCCUAGAAAACAGAAAAUACAGGACCCGUCCUUAUUACAAUGAGGCGUCCAAGCGGUCGUCAAAAGGGACGUCCUCGGGCAUGUCGACUUCCAGGUCCUCUGGGUAGGAAGUAAAAGGAUUCUCUUCCACCUCGAGACCAGGGUGCCGAACACGGAAGCGGGACGUAGCGAUCUGGUAUCCAUAUUCAAAGGACACCCGCCCCGUCCGCGUGAGGCCGAGUUCGAACCCCUCAGAUUUUUUAUACGCCUCGAGGAGCUCCUUCUCCUUGUCAGGUCGGAGACGGACCUCCUCUGCCAGCGCUUCCGAGGCCGCUCUCGCCUCGGCCUUAGCUUCCUCCAGCUUCUUGCUGAGGGUACCCGCCUCCGUCCUCAGCAGACGGAGCUCAGUCUGCUCCACCCUUAUUGUCUUCUGGAGCUCCUCGUUCGACUUCUGGGAAGCCUCAAGUUCCGACCUCAGGCGGGCGGCCUCCGCCUCAGACCCUGCUGCACGCUUCUCGGCAGCCGCCACAGCCUCUGGACCGGCCCCGGCUCGGACCUCCUCGACUUGGCGACGGAGCUCGGCGUUACGACUGAUGAGCUCCCCGAUGACUCGGCCAACGUCGCGCACCCUGUCCAUCAGAGCCGUCGCAUAGUGAAGGCCCUGUAGAAGGAAAGACAAAUCAGCAUAAGACAAACAGCCCCGAACAAAAGAGAAGAAGAGUACUUACCCAGGUCAAGGAUUUGGCCGACCUGCUGAGCAAAGCCUCCGAGGGCAAAGUAUACAAAUCCCGAGCCAUGUCGGGAUGCAGUGCGCCUCGAAGGAAUGCCGCGGAGACAUCCCCUCCGGACCAUACCUUGUCACCCCGGGAUAGGCCCCCCCAACGGGCUACCAAGGGGUCACUGGGCUCCCCAAGUGAGAUCUCGCCCACCAGCCGCGUCAGGAAUGGCUCCUCGUCCCCGAUCGGCAGGCGACACAGGUCAUGAACGGAGGGAGGGCGCGGAACUUUCCCAGCCGCCCGCCGACUAGGCCCAGCGUCGCCCCGAUGAGGGCCCACCUCAGCCCCCUUCGGAGGUCCCCGCUUUGCUUUCUUCCGAGGGCGCCCGGCCUCGGUCUCUAGUGGGGCGUCCUUCGUACCCGGCCGUGAGUCGGCUGGCGACGCAGGAAGGGGAGCUUGCGACGCGUCCCCUCCAAGGAGUGACCUGAGCUUCACCAUUUCUACGAAAGAUAAGAAAACCGUUAGUACUAAGGGUAAACCGCGCGGACACCCGAGCCAAGCGUUACUAACGUACCCAGUGGCAGCGGGCUGAGACCCGCUUCUACCAACCACUGCUCGGUCAUACUCCGAAGAGCCUGGGAGCCGGGAAGAAUCUCCCGCGGCCUCCCCAGGUCGUGGCGCUCUGACUCGCUCAAACUAGGGACAGUAUUGUCGACCACCCUCGCGGACCACCGGACCCCAAAACCCCAGUCCUUCGCGCAACUAAUGUAGAAGAACCGCCCCUUCCACCCUUUAUUACUGGAAGGAGCCCCCCCGACUCAAAACCCCGUCCGGGCAGAUAGAAAGUAGCCCCCCGAACCUUUAGAAAGGCGAUAGCAAGAGAGGAAUAGGUUUAGGGUAGGAGCGAUGUUGGCCCGGUAGCAUUCUCCCAAGAAUACCACUAGGUAACGCCAGGAAUUCGGCGCCACCUGGGACGGCGAAAUUCGCCAGAAAGAGAUACAGUAUACGAUAAGGGGGUGAAGGGGAAAGCGCAGACCCGCCUAUAGGGCAUCUAGGGUCAAUGCGAAACCCUUCGGGAUCGGGUCGUAGGCUCGUUGUCCCGGUUCAGGGGCACUCAGGACAUAGUCCUUCGGGAUGCUGUAACACUCCCGGAGACCCCCCAACAAUGACCCACUCACGGUGGAGUCAUUGUCGUGCGGCCACAUCUGGGCCUCCAAGGCCCGCGCCGCUUCCCCGUCGGAGGAUUCCACGGGGGACGACGAAGGGCAUUCCCCUCCAGCUACGCCAAAAGGGGGAGAAGAGGAAGAAGAAGGGGACGACAUCUUGACUGACCUUGACGGGAAGACGCUACGGGGAGGAAGAAGACGACGCGAGAGGCGAAGGAGAGGACUGGGGAGGAGAUGGCAAGACUCGGAAAAGGAAACUCAGCGGCGAAAGAUAGAAGUGAAGCGGGACGUUCGCUAUUUAAAGAAGAUAUCCCGCCUGAACCAGCACCUCUUCACCUCCCGUGGGUGGGCGCCAGCCCACCCGCACACGUGCGUAACCAUCACGCUGCAUCGGAAAUGACAAAAGGCGCCCCGCCUUCAUAAAAACCUGACGUAGGAAUCCUCCUGAAGCGGCAGCGGACUGACGCCUCGACUUUGACGCCCGGAAACGUGCGGCGAAAGCAACCGACUCCAUCUCAGAAAGGAAGCUUCCAGUCCCCACGACCGUUGAACGGACAAGGGGGGGAAAAUAGCGCGAGCAGCCCCCCAAGCUUUACGCCACCUGAGACCACACCUGCGCGGCCAGCCCGCCUGCGUUGUGCUCCUCGGCCCUCGGCUUUACGCCACCCGAGACCACACCUGUGCGGCCAGCCCGCCUGCGUUGUGCUCCUCGGCCCCCGACUUUACGCCACCCGAGACCACACCUGCGUGGCCAGCCCGCCUGCAUUGUGCUCCUCGGCCCUCGGCUUUACGCCACCCGAGAGACCACACCUGCGCGGCCAGCCCGCCUGCGUUGUGCUUCUCGGCCCCCGGCUUUACGCUCCUCAGCCCCAGGCUUUACGCCACCCGAGACCACACCUGCGCGGCCAGCCCGCCUGCGUUGCGCUCCUCGGCCCUCGGCUUUACGCCACCCGAGACCACACCUGCGCGGCCAUCCCGCCUGCGUUGUGCUCCUCGGCCCUCAUCGGCUCCAUAACCCCCGAAUCCAACUCUGCUCGGCUGGCCCGCCUGCGUCGCAUCCCUCGGAUCUGCGUGGCUAGCCCACCGGAAGUCAGAAGCCAUGCAUCGGACCC